CCUAAUCGGUCCCGAUUGUUCGUCCAUAUAAAUGACGUCCCUUUGAUAUCAAAGCCAAGCUGCCCAGCUAGAGCUCACAGUCUAGCAAAACGCUUUAACGUGGACCUUACAGAAAUCAAAUAUGUCAGCGUUUGUGAUAUUUGUGGCAAUACUUUCUGUGGCGUCAUCUGGAGCUACGGUGCAAAAGCUAGCAGUAUUAAACACUGAAUUUGGGUUGGCUAUUUACAAGCAGUUGACCGCCGAUCCAGAGGUUAAAGACAUAUUUUUCUCGCCUAUUAGCAUCUCCACCGCUUUGGUCAUGCUACAACUGGGCACUAACGGCACAACUGAAGAUCAGAUAAACCGUGCGAUGAAAUUCGACACACUCAGCCAAAACGAGAACGUUGCUGCUCUUUUCCGCGACCUGAACGCUAAACUUAAUAAUGCAAGCAACAACUACACGUUGAAAUCCGCCAACAGGUUCUUUGGAAGCAAACGUUUUCCAUUUCGACAAACAUUCCUUAGCGACAUGCGAGACUAUUUUAAUGCAGAACCUGAGUCUGUGGAUUUCAUGGCAAAUCCAGAAGGGUCUCGCGUGCAUAUUAAUGACUGGGUAGGAAAUCAGACAGAUGAUAAGAUCAAAGAACUUAUGGCAAAGGGAACAGUUACCAAAAGCACUGUAUUUGUUUUGGCCAAUGCCAUCUACUUCAAAGGACAGUGGAAUAUGUCAUUUAACUCCACUAUGACAUCUUCCUUACCUUUCAGAAGCAAAGGGCAGGAGGCAAAAGUUUCGAUGAUGAAAAUGUUAGGCCAGACACACCGUUAUGGUAUAAGCACAAAAUGGAACUGCCAAAUACUAGAACUACCGUAUACCGGAAAUGUCAGCAUGUUGGUCUUUCUCCCCAAUGAGCCCGACGGCCUUCCUCAGCUUGAGAGUGCAAUCAACAGUAUCGAGCUUAACUCCCUGGUAAAAAAUCUGACCAAAAGGCCAGUGGACGUCUAUUUGCCCCGAUUUGAACUCAAGGACGUUUCCAUAAAGCUUGCGGACCAUCUGAAGAAACUUGGUAUGACGGAUAUGUUUGUUGACGGGAAAGCAGACCUGAGUGGUAUAGGCGGUGCCCCAGGACAAUUGUUCAUAUCUACAGCUGUUCAUCAAGCAUAUGUUAAAGUGGACGAAGAAG